AUGCUAUCGCUUCAGCUUCAACCAGAAACAUUCUUUUGGGUCGAUUCAACGACGGUCCUCCACUGGCUCAAAUCUGCUCCAUCAUCCUGGGUGACCUUCGUAGCGAACCGGGUGUCGAAGAUACAACUCGCCACCGAGAAUUGCUCCUGGAACCACGUUCCAGGAUAUGAAAACCCAGCAGACCUUCUAUCACGCGGCACGACAGCUGAAACUCUCCUCCAGUCCGACCUGUGGUGGCAUGGGCCUGAUUGGCUAAAAUGCGGCGCAGAUAAAUGGCCAACUCAACAACACAUUAGCCAAUACAAUUCUGAAGUCCUUCAAGAAGCACGAAAAACACCAAUUUCUGUCAUCACUGCAACUUCUACGGAGUCCUUCAUCAACGAUCUCACUGAGCGGUUUUCCUCAUUUCGCCGAAUGGUCAACACCAUUGCUUACUGUAGGCGAUUAAAACUCAAGAAAACCGAUCGUCCUAGCAGCACAAUAUUGUCUUGUGAGGAAAUCGAAGCAUCCGAAAAUGCACUCAUUUCACUUGUCCAACAGCAGGAGUUCAGCAGCGAAUGGUCACAGCUACAACAAGGCAAACCUGUCCCAACAAAGUCCCGACUCAGAUGGUUCCAUCCGUUUCUGUCUGAAUCUCGAGUCAUUCGGAUUGGGGGCAGGCUCAGUCAUGCAACGUUACCCUACAACACCAGACAUCAAAUCCUGCUACCAGGCACACACCGUUUUUCCAAGCUCCUAGUUCAACAUCACCAUGCGAAACAUCUACACGCUGCACCGCAGCUUCUCAUCAGCUUACUUCGAACCCAGUAUUGGAUAAUAGGGGCCAGGGACUUAGCGAAGCGAGUCGUGCAUGCCUGCGUGAUUUGCUUCAGAGCCCGUCCAAAACAACUAGAGCAGUUCAUGGGUGACUACCAGCCAAUCGCGUGA